AUGACGGUCAUGUCCUCUCCACUGGUCAAAUACGAAACAUAACCGUCUCGCCUCACCACCAUCACUAUUAAUCCGGACUAUCGCCUGCGAUAGGAGGAGGGGCUGGCACACAUGGCGCAAGAUACCCUACAUCCACCUUCCAUGGUGGAUUUCCCGACAGCUGAUACCCGGCUCUCAGCCUUUCCACCACAGAUCCUUGACACUCGUUUUCAGCCUGCCCAGCAUCCUCCAUUUCGACGGAUUUCUUUACCGAGCGCCCCCAGUCUUUUGCACCGCCAGUCGGUAGUUAUGCCGUCUGCUAUGCGAGACCCAGCAAGAGGUCCCUCUCAUUGUCAUUCGGUUCUGGAUGGUGCAAGACGACAGAGCAGGCGACGAGAAGUCAAAAUAUUAGACGAGCAGGCCGAAGCUAAACGACGGAAGGUCACUGAGGAGUUUUUCGAAACAGAAAAGAGUUAUGUGGAUGGUUUGGAACUGAUUUACUCCCAUUUCCUGACACCAAUAAUUGCUUCCUUGGAUACCCCAGAGCCGCUUUUGGACCGCGCAGAACUCACCUCCGUCUUCUCUAAUUUUAUAGAUAUCUGGAAUCUUCACCGUUCUUUCCUCUCGUCGCUCACGAAUCAUCUUCAAGCAUCAUCUUCGGUUAAUGGUCCCCCGCCACUUUCGCCAGUCUUGCUUUCGCACUUUCCAUAUCUUUCAUUGUACACUCCCUUCAUCACCUCAUUCCCGGACAUUCUUUCAUCGUACUCAUCCUUGUUCUCAAACAACCAUGCUUUUGCUGAGUUCAUUGCGCGACAGGAGGCUGACCCUCGAUGUGGCAAGCUAAAGUUACGGGAUUGGUUACUUACGAUCGUACAGAGAUGUCCACGGUAUCUGCUCUUGUUGAAGGACCUAAUGAGCUGCACAGAUCAUGACGCCUCUGAUUAUGCAGCUUUGAACUCUGUGUACAACCUCGUAUCCAAGAUCACUGUGUCGUUGAAUACAUCACUACAUACUCACGCCCAGACUCUCUCGCUACUAGCUCUGCAGCGUAGUACUUCAAAUCUUCCCUUCCAGUUGGUCACUCCAGGACGCGAAUUGCUCAAGCGGACACCCCUUCUUCAGCUAGAAGGCUCUAAACCGAAGGAACGCGAGUUCUUAUUGUUCUCAGAUUGUAUCGUCUGGUUCGCGAGCGCGGAUAAGGUGGAUGAAGCGGGUUUUUCAGCCAGAUGGGAGAUUCCUCUCACUACCGAAGGAUCGCAUUCGCCUAUCCGUCCAUCUAUGGUCCGAACACGGAGCAAAAGUGACGCAGACGUUCCGCAGCUCAAGGACAUGAGGCGUAAAGAAUCAAGGCUCAAAUUGAGGUUGAGUAGUACUUCCAAGAAAAAGACACGACAUGCUAGCAGCGGAACGGAAGAUCGGUGGAUCUACAAGGGGCAUCUGGAACUCGUAGACCUAGAAGUGGUGGUGGCAACCUCGAGGGAACCAGGUGAUGAAAGAAGACUGGAGAUAUUGAGCCCUCAGAGAUCUUUUGCUUUAUAUGCUUCCAAUGAGGAUGAAAGAGAUGAAUGGAUCAACAGCAUUCGGAAGGCCAAGGCCUCAUUGCUGGUGGCUUUGAACACGAUGCAUCCAGAUUCCACCCUCACGUCGUCUUCAUCUACUCAACAUCUCCGCCGAACGUUACAAGCUCUACCAUAUUCACCUGAACUUGAAGAAAUGCAGCCGAAACGAGGGAGAGUGGAACAUUUUGUGCCUGCCAUCUGGAUUCCAGAUGGGAAAACUGAUAGCUGCAUGCGUUGCGGGAGGACGUUUGGUUGGCGACGAAGACGGCAUCAUUGCAGGCUCUGCGGCCGGUGCGUAUGCGCUGGGUGUUCUGGAAAGACCUUCUUCAUAUUCGAUCCAAGUUCCAAGCAUUCGCACAAAGCUGCGAGAGCUUGUGACGCGUGUUAUGACACGGUCUUUCCCGUUCUAGACCCCUCACCGAUACCUGCGGAAAGCUCGGCAACAAUAUCCCAUCUCACACUGUCCGGCUUGCGGUCUAUGCCCUCUUUGCUUCUAUCCGAGAGCACUCCCUCAGCACUCAUGUCCAUUCCGUUAGAAAAUCCCAGGCGACCGUUCUCCCGUCUACACGAACCGUCGCCAACACGAAGCCAAGGGGAUUCCUCCGAGGAUUUGCACAGACCACCUCCUUCUAGGAUCAAGCCUCUUCCUUCACGCCCCCGCAGCUAUGUUCAGAUUCUGGAAGAUUUCAAUGAGAAUGCACAAGAGGGUGGUAUAUGGCCCAUCAGCGGGAGCCCUAGUACAUCUCGUUUCAGCAGGGGAUUUGAUGGGGCUUCAUUCGUUUUAGACGAACGGGAGGAGGAUGUUAGCAACGAGGCGGCUGAUACCAAUUUCUCUUCAAGGAACACGAGUCUCCCGUCGAGCCCUCGUAAAGAAGACACCGCACGAAGGCAUAAGCGUUUCUCUCUUCCCGCAGUCGGCAUCCAGACACCCUUAGUCACCGCACGCCCCAAUGUGAUUGGGGAAGGGAAGUCAAAGCGGUUAUCACUUGUGCUUGGGAAGUCGGGGAUUAAUAGCGGUCACUCCGCCAAUGACCUGGGGAGUUCCUUCAUGCACGGCCUCGCAGUCGGGAAAUUGAGUGAAUUGCUGGGGAGGAGGUAAUUACAUAUUUGCGAUAUAUCGAUCUUUGAACUGUACUCCUAGUUACGUGGUAUAAAAAUCGAGCCAAACUAGUCGCAGACUGUC